AUGAAUCCCCAUGUUUCCUGCCUCUCCGAAGAAGAUAUUGGCUCGAUGAACCCGAAAUCGACAGUCGCGAGCUCUAUUUCUUGCGCCGACCUGUAUAUUGACGUCCAGCAGCAUCCUGGUCUGGACGCCUUCACAGAUCCAGCUCAAGGCGAUGAUCGCUCUGCUCAUGAUUUCAUUCUGAAUAUCUACGAUGAACGAACUCGAAAUCGGGCCGAACGAGGGCUGGGGAUGAACGUUGCGUGCGCUCGUCAGCAUCGCAGCUUCUACUUCUCUGUUGCACUGUCUGGAUCACGCGCCCGGCUUAUCCGCUGGGACCGUGCUGGAAUGAUCGUCUCAGAAUCGGUCGACCUGCAUCAUGAUGCGCAGCCUAUCUGCGAAUUCCUGUGGCGGUACGCCCACGCCUCGCAAUCACAGCGUGGCCACGAUCCUACUGUUCAGCCUGCGACGAAGGAGGAAGAGAAGCUCUUCAGAGAAUCAAUCAAACGCCACGUCAAGUCCCAGCUUGGUCUUAGGGACCAGACCACGCUGGCGGCUGCCAUGGCGGAACACUUACCAGCCAGGAAUUGUGGCUGCUGUUACCAUAGUCAACAACAGUUCUGA